AUGGCUGUUCUCGCUGAGAAGGCUACGGCUGAACAUGCAUCCUUCAAGGGUGCAGAGUCUACGAUUGAUCAAUCUAGUGAGGACUCCGUGGCAACAAAGAAACUCCUACGAAAAUUAGAUAUGUGUUUGCUUCCUCCACUUAUGGCAAUCUACUUUCUCUCCUUUAUGGACAGAACCAACAUCGGCAGCGAUGCGAACAUAGAUUAUAUUUUAUACAUAUCCAGAUUUUACCUUUUGACGGUAUUUGUUAAUAACCCUGAGCAACAUUCAUUUCAUCAUACUACAGGGCCACAAAGGUUAUAG